AUGGCGUGGACUUAUGCUAAAUGCAUGUCUAAUCAUCACGCAUUUCUAGUAAAAGAAUUGGAACCUUCGAUCACAUCUGUAGCCCACAGUUGCAGAGAAGCUGAUAUCAUCACCCAGGAAUUCUAUGAUAAGCUGAUACAAGUACCUGGUACGAAUAAGCAUAAAGCUAGGAAGCUUGUGAAUGCUGUCUCUGAUGGUAUAGAAGCUCAACCUGUUGAUAUUGAACAAAAAAACUGUAUUUACCAAUGUUUUGUUGGAGUGUUACGGCAGGAUUCGUUUGAAAAAGCUGCUGUCAAGUUGGAAGCGUCUCUUGCUGAAAGAGAAGAAAGAGCCAACAAUAAUGUUGCUUGUACUGAGGAUGUAGGCAAUCGAGGGGACCCUCUUGACCAGACCAUCACAAGCGACCAUCGUGACGAGAUUGGUAAGCACUUGUCCUACUGGAAGAAGUAUGCCAAAGCUCUGAGAUUGUGUGACGCAGAAAUCGAAGGCAUCGACGGUGACAAGACUUUGGAUUAUGUGAUGAGGGGACAGAAAGUAUUGGAGUUGUGGUCCCAUAAGUAUAUUGCAACCUACCGUAUUCUCGGUGAAGUUUGUCUAAAACUGGAUCAUCGUCAUAUUGCUGAAAAGAUAUGCCACCUUGCGAACGGUGAUUUGUCAAACCUUUCUUGUCCUGAUGAUGAAAUUGUGAAGGAUAGUAUUUACUUUGAAGCACCUCGUGUCUCAGAAGAUGCGAGUAGUCCCAUUGCAUUUCCAUCAACAGUAACAUCACCAGAUAUGCCAGGACAUCUGGAGGUAGAAACAAUGCGUCCAAAUCAAGCCACGUCGUAUGAUGGGAGACAAGAACAAGUUACUGACGGAGUAAGGCUGAGAAGAGAUACCCCACAGCAAUUGACAAGCAUAAUGGACUUUCUUCACAAUGCUCGGAUGCAAUCGUAUGCUGACCAGUCUACAAUCACUUCAUACCAAUACGAAUGUGCUGAUUUGAAGCAGCAACUUCACAACACAACAGAAGAAAAGAAUAGGAUUUUUAGAAAGCUCAAAGACAAGACGGACGAGUUAAGAACUUUACGAUACCAAGACCGCAUGACAGAGUCAGGAUUGAAAAGUGAUGCAGAGUCGGAGCAGGCUAAAACUGAGCAGCUUGAAGAGAAAUAUAAAAAAUUACAAGAACAUAUUUUCAAAUGUGAGCAAGAAAAGAAAAAUCUUUUGGCUGAUCUCCAAACUUUCCGAAGUAUGGAAAGCUAUCUACUACAGCAAAUCGAUGAACUCAGAGAGGAAGUUCGAAAGCUAACUGGACUAACCGAUAGAAGGUUUUGUUGUGCUACACUGUUGAGUCACAAACGGGACCGGCAGUUCAUACUUCGUUGUGCUGUUUUCGUUGGUAGUGCUGUCAGUUGUGUUGUUUUUAUUUUGUUGUCAAUGUCUUUCCUAGCUUUUUUUUAUUUCCUUAUAAUGCACAGGCAUCGUUAAUUUUCUAACAAUCGUUUUAAUAAAAAAAUUGUUUCCAACAAGA